CAAGUCAGUGCACGCGCGGACGCGAAGCCGGAUGUGCGUGUUCGUUCGUUUGUUCAACUCACUCUCGUCCGGUUACUCCGGUUACUCUCGCAUCCACCGAGUCGGUCGCGUCGCGAAUUUCCCGCAUUCGGACGUACAUGUACAUGGUGUUUGUGUCUCGUUUCCAGCCGAUCCAGACUCCCAGUGGGAACGCUCUCGAGGCCGACGUCAGCCGUUGACAGUGACACUAUGGAGUGAUUCGAUCGACGUCGUAGCAGAUACGCCCACGAUGGACGUCGAGGCAGCGCUGUUGGAGAACUCGCCAACCUUGUCGACGAUCUCGUCGGAUUCCACGGACGCGACGUAUUCGGAGCCGGGCUCUCCCUAUUCCCCAGAGUCGCCGAUCAUUGUCACGUCCUCCUAUAAAAAAAAGCGCGACGAUGAGGGCACACCCAGACCAACGCCCAGAUACCCACUGCCAGCCAGGAAGCCGAGCUUCCGGAUACGACCGCCCUACCUCAUGAUCUGCAUCAGCAUCAUCGAGAUAACCGUCCACUGCCUGGGAGACGAGGCGACGUUACGGAGAUGGCUGGUCUACGAUCCUCGUCAGAGGGUGCAGGGCUGGAGGUUCGCGUCCUACAUGCUGCUGCACUCGAACGCACUUCACCUCGCACUCAACGUGGUCAUUCAGCUGGUCCUGGCAACUCCACUCGAGGUGGAACAAGGGCGGAUAGGGGUUGCGACCAUCUACCUGGGCGGCGGGGUGUGCGGUGCUCUGGGCGCGUCGCUUCUGCAGCCGAGCCUCUAUCUGGUCGGCGCCUCGGCGGGUGUUUACGCGCUGCUCACGAGCCACCUCGCUCAUCUCUACCUGUGCCACGGCGAGCUGCGCUACGCCGGCUGGCGCCUCGGCGCCGUACUGCUGCUGGCCGGCGCGGACGUCGCGUCGCUGCCGAUCCCGGCGCUGCUCGGAUGCGGUCGAGUCGGCUGGGCGGCCCACGUGGCGGGCGCGCUGGCGGGUCCGCUGCUGGGCCUGGCGGUGUUCCCGAAGCAGAGCAAGAAGGACGCCCGGGGCCGCAAGUUCGUGCGAUUCGUGCGGCUGGUGUCGGCCGUGAGCGUGAUGCUGCUGAUCGUCGGCGCCGUCCUCGGCAACGUUUACCUGAUCGCCCUGCCGCAGCUCAGGAAGCCGUCCUGACAAAGGAUCGAGCUGCUGGUCAAGCUGUGCAAACGCUCCUUCCUGAUCGUGAAGAUCCGGGAGGCCGCCGAGAGUGUGUUCGAGUAGGCUCGCUCUGCCGCUCGGCGCGAUACGUGCGCGAACUCGCCGCGCGGCUCCUCGGGAUAGUUGCGAGCGCGUUUCAAGCUCUCCCGAAGCUGAAGAUCUCUCCCGGCUGUUCCGCCCGUCGUCGAGCUCCGCGCGCGUUUCUCUCGUCAUCAGCGGGCGAGACCGUCGCCGCGACUUCGGCUUCGCCGACCAUUGCCACUCGCAAGGACGUGGACCUCCGCAGCGACUGCUGCCGGACGCUACACCGAAGACGACGAAGAGGUGCUCGACGAUGUAUUAUGUUACGCUCGAUCAGCGGCCGAUACCAAAGAUACACCAACAUUUCGUCGAGUUUGUUCAUGCUACUCGCUGCCAUUUAGAAUGUCUAGGAUCUCGAGGACUCGGCUAUCUGAGAGUAAACGCAUGCUCUGUGGUUCUUCGUGCGCCUGGUAACACUUUGAUAAAUUUGAUAUAUUGCAACAAGCGUCAGAGCAACACGCAACGCGUCAGCGCGCACACAUACACGUCGCGAAUUUUGUAUUAACAGAUGUUUCAAACGUUUGGAGAGAGUCACUCGUCAGCCACGAUCAUGGUUUCCGUAGACCCGAGGACUAUGUGUGAGUAUAAGAAUGUUUCACAUGAUACAGUUGGUAAUGACACUUGUCGUCAUUUUGUCGAUCUCGCUAUAUAUAUAUAUAUAUAUAUAUUAAUAUAUUAUUGAAGCAGAAGGACUAUGAAAGAGUGAAUGUGUGUAUAAUGAAAUUAAGGAAAAAAUCCACCAUGAUAUAUACAUACACGUGUAAGAGGUCGAGGCGCGUUACUAGGCCAAUCUUCGGCGACGGCGAGCGAACGGUUAUUGCCGGUUAUUACGAAGAGUAAUUUAUUUAAAUAAUAUAAAGAAGCACUAACGCGCGAGAGGACGAGAUCGCAUUACGGCUCGCGCGGCGAGGAGAGCCGCGAUCUCGAGCAGCGUCGACGAGUAGCGUCACGUCGCUGUAUUGCCGACGCUCGAGGACAAUGAGGCACCUUCAUCCUUUCCAUUAUUCGUAUUAGCAGUCUAGCGUGUACGAGAGACAUGUAAGAAGAUGUAUAAAAUAAAGCGAUCGCUGUAUUAAUGUAAACGUGUUAUGAUAAGGAGAAUUUUAAUGAGAGGCAAAGUUAAGUGUAUCGAUCGUUAAAGUAGGCCGAAGUUUAACGACACGGAUAUAAUCCACACACACACACACACACACGCAGACGCGCGCGACGCGCACGCGACCGAGA